UCGAUUUUAAUUGGCCAGUGAGAGGUGCCCGGAAACACUGAGCACAACAUUGAUGACAACAUUAACUUCUCCGUUUUCUUUGCUUGGUGUACUGAACAAUGAAGCCGUUUGAAAUACUUAACCUGUUUGUUUUGGAUAUUUCUGUUGAUUCGUGUUCGAAAACGAUCGAUUUAAGCAAAAGCGGUUCAUUCCUAGCGCUUUAGAAAGUCUACAGCCUGCCGUUAGCUGUUAGCCGUUAGCAUAGAUCUGCUCACUAGGACAUGGGAGACAGCAGCGUCACUCCUAGGCUCGGCAGCCUGAAAGCUCUGCUUGGAAUCGUCGCCGGAGCUGGAGCUUCCUAUGGGAUUUACAAACUUAUCAGUAGACAUAGCAUCAAGAAGAACAAGAAAAGUGUGACUAGUGAAAGUGCAGGUGACAGGAUAAGCAGUCAGCCCAGUGACUCUGUUAUGCAACCGGGCAGCCUGCUGGCCAGAGUGUCCGGAAUGCAAGUUAUCUGUCCACAACGCUCAGAUGCUUCAUCUAGGGAAAUCACUCAUCAGUCCCCCAGCAACAUGGAGCCCAAGCACCUGAAAAUGUUGCUGUUAUGUCUGCAGAGCAGCAAUAACACAUCAGAAAGAUGUAAGAUUCUUCUGACGCUGGGAAACUCUGCUGCCUUCACCUCUAAUCAGAACCUAAUCCGGGAAUCUGAUGGUAUUCCUAUCAUCGCUGGUUUCCUGUGCGAUCCUGAACCAGAUGUUCGAGUGCAGACUCUGAACGCUUUAAACAACCUUUGUAUGAACAUCCAAAAUCAGGAGCAACUAACGGUGUAUGUGCCACAAGUGCUGGAACUGAUUGAAAUGUCACAAAUGAACUCUGACCUUCAGCUGAGUGCCCUCAGACUUUUGACAAACCUCUCAGUCACAGACAAACACCAACAUCUGCUGAAACAAUCAGUCACUCUUUUACUGUCUCUGCUCGUUGUGGGCAGUGAAGCAUUGCAGGUGCAGGCGUUGAAGGUCCUUGUAAAUUUGUCCUCAAAUCCAGAUAUGAUGGAUGACAUUGUUCAAGCUCAGGCUCCAGCAUCUGUCCUGCUGCUGUUUGACGCCAAAACGGCUCAGCCCGUGCUCCUGAGACUGCUGACGUUUGCAGGGAAUUUGAAGGCCUGGAGACCCUCGUCCCAGGUGGCAGAUGAACUGAGAAGAAGGCGGGAUUGUCUUUUCAGAGUCCUGUUGGAUGAAUCCUCUCAGCUUCACAGUAAAUUGGUCCAGCUACUUUCACAUCCUGAUGGAGAGGUCAAGGCUCAGGUGGCCCGGAUCUUGACAUAGACAUGUUGGUGUCUCUGCCCUCCCCACGCCCCUUCAUGUUUGGAUCCUUAUUUCUUUUGUUGAAGUUUUUCAGCAGUUUUACAUCACCAUCUAUUUUAGCAUAUUUUCCAGUUAUACACAUACAUGAUAAAUGGGGGAAACUAGGGAGGAAGUAAGCGAAUAUAAUCAAAGAUCAAAAUAAACUUUUCCCUCUUUUUCUUUUCUGUCAAUAUAUCAGUUUUGAUUGACUGUGCCAUUCUAUCCAGAGAACUGCAAUCCUUUAUUCUGAUUAUAUUUUACUGGAAUCCCAAUCCACUGCCAUGUUUUUUUUGUAUAAUUUACAAACUAACAACUCCCCUCCCCUGGUUCACAGUGACACCUACUGGUAGAGCAGAGAGGGAUUCUUGAUUUGCAAGUAUUCGAUCCAUAGUAACGGGCUGUCAUACUACAGCUCUAAUACUUAGUACCUAGUGUACCAUGCCAUAUAACGUCAAAUUUCAUUGAUAUGUUGGAUUUCAGUGGUCUAUGUAUUUUAGUUUCUGUAUUUAUUUUACAAAAGAAACAUGAUAUCAGGAAAACCAAAGUAAAGUUUAAUUUUCUAAAAAGAAAACUGCCUUCCCUGGGUUCAUAAUUGUAAUCGGGUAUCUCUCUGUAAUCUCUGUCCAUGGACAGAGUCCUUCACAACUGCCAUUCAAUGUCUCAUCUGGUCCAAAAAAUAUGUACAAAGUUCUAGAGCAGGCAUGGGCAAACUGGGGGUCGGAUGCGGCCCAUUUAGCUUUUUUUUCCAAAUUAUAUUUAUUUAUAUUAUAAAUAAAUCCCUGCCUUUUCCCUGCAAUAGCCAAGUUUCCCCAAUAGA